AUGUUUGGAAGCAGCUCAGACGACGCCAACAGCCCACUGCUGUCCCCAAGUGACGUCAGUAGUAGACCAUCACUCGAUGCAGACUCCUCGAGCGAUGCCUCGUCCGUCAGCGACGAGUCCGAGGCAGAGGGGCCGAGUUUGCAGAUGAUGGGUGAGGAUCACGUCCGCAAACAAAAAGCCAAAGACGCUAUGACCCAGCUGGGUGUCGCUGUACCAUCAUCAUUACCCCGCAACCGCGUCAUCUCGUCUCCGCCAGGCCGCGGUACGCCAGCUGGCUCAGAGGCCGUGCAGUCGACCAGCCCUCUCCCAAUACCAGAGCAGGACAAGACGUCGGCAAGUAAGCCUGUCCAGGAAGAGGCUGCCUGGUCACCUGCCAUGGCCUUUUUGAGUGGACUCAAUUCCCCAUUCUCGGCUCCGGCCCAAGCCUCAGCGAUCAGACGUCCCGCCGCGCCUGUCGAAGAAAGGAUUGGGCCAUACAUCCUGGGUCCAGUCAUCGGUCACGGGGGUUUUUCCGUUAUCCGCAAGGCCACUUCGACCUCUGGCGUCGUCGCCGUCAAGAUUGUCACCAGAUCGUCCACAGACCCGUCACUCGUAUCUUCCCUAGAGAAUGAGAUUGCCAUUUGGUCUAACCUCCAUCACGAGUACAUUCUUCCCCUCUUCACUGACUAUCGCACCGACGAUGCUCUCUACCUCGUCUCACUCUACUGCCCAGCCGGCUCGCUCUUUGAUAUUCUGCGGCUUCAUGGAUCUCCAGGUCUCCCCCAGGACGACGUAGGAACGAUGUUCCGUCAAGUCGUCCGCGGGCUACGUUAUUUGCACGAGCAAGUCCGCCUGGUUCACGGAGACAUCAAAUUGGAAAACGUACUCGUCGAUGAGAUGGGCGCGUGUCGCAUCGCAGACUUUGGUCUUGCCAGGUACAUCCCCGUUGAGACGCCAAGCUCGGAGAAUCAUGCAGAUGAGACUCCCCAUUCUGCUCUUCCUCCUCACCUUCGCGGGCGCCAAACACGCCACAGAAACUCGACUCACGUUCCUGGAGCAAGCACCCCAUCUUCGCUCCAUCACUUCCCACCUGGAUCACUUCCAUAUGCCGCGCCCGAGCUCCUUCUCCCCCCAACGCGUUCAUCUCAGCAUGUCACCAAGUCGGAAGUAUCACCCUUCCCCGUACGACCAGCGCAGGAUAUCUGGGCAGUUGGAUGCCUCCUGCACGCAUUGCUCUUUGGUCGACUCCCCUUUGUGGACAGCUAUGAGCCGCGCCUGCAGAUGAAGAUUGUACGCGGUGUAUGGGAACGUAGUCGAUCCAAGACCCGUUCCCGUGCAAGAGGCUCUUCGAGAUCACGUAGUCGCGUGCGCUCAUCUUCGAGAGAUGCACUGCGGUUCCCUGCUGGUGGAGAGGGAAGACGACGAGCGUCCAAGUCGAGGAGCAGAGACGUCAAGAUUGGUAAAGGCCCCAAGUCUGUCCUGCGUGGAUGUAUCUGCGUGGAUGUGAACAAGCGUUGGACGGCUGCCAAGAUUGACGAGGUCGCUUGGAACUUUGCCUGGGACGACGCUGAGACUGAAGUGAUCGGCGAAGACGAACUAGAUUCGACCACGCAUCUGGCAGUUUCUACCCCGGUGCGCCAUGACUCGACUGACGCCAAGGGUGUUGAUCACCCCGAGUCUGAAUGGCUGACUGAAGAAGGUGGUGAUAAACUCACUUCGAUGCCCUUGGAUCCUAGAACGGGACUCCAUGCGUGCAUGACGCGCACCUCGUCUGCGCGACGAGCUGAAACGCUCCCAUGA